AUGAGGGGUAGAAGUCCAGAGAGACGGGACAUACUGCUGGUGGAGAGAGAGGAGGCGCCUGCCAGUGGUGUCGGCAGUCGGUCGGAGCGGCGUCUGCCCCCAGCGGGAGACGUCGCUCUGGCAAGAGCAAGGGGGGCAGGGGCGGUGGUGGAGGCGGCGGGGGCGGUGGAGGCGGAGGUAGAGGCAGCGGCGGAGGUGAGGGUGGUAGCGGGAGUAGUGGCGGGAGUGGAGGUGUCGGCGGAGGCAGUGGAGGUGUCGGCGGAGGCAGUGGAGGCGGGGGCGGCAGCGGCGGUGGUAGUGGGGGUGGAGGCGGAGGCGGCGGUGGCGGCGGCGACGGUGGGAGUGGCGGUGGCGGUGGAGGUGGUGGCGGCGGCGGCCGAGGAGGCGGCGGAGGAGGCGGCGGAGGUCGUGGCGCGCCGAGGAGGAGUGGCUCCGGUGGUGGUGCUGGUGAGGCGGUUGCUCUAG